AUGUUGAUUGGCAACAUCUAUGUGAUCGCGGGCGUCGCCGUUGUCGGUGGCGCCCUUUUUGGGUUCGAUAUCUCGUCCAUGUCAGCCCAGCUGAAUGAGAACUCUUACAAGUGCUACUUCAACCAGGGACCCAGUGGUCCUCCGUUCACCGAUGACGAGGACUGCUCCGGCCCCAAGUCCCUCACCCAGGGAGGCAUCACGGCCGCCAUGGCUGCGGGCUCCUGGUUGGGUGCGCUCAUCUCCGGUUCCCUGUCUGAUCGCAUUGGUCGCAAGACAUCAAUCAUGGUCGGCUGUGUCAUCUGGAUGGUAGGAUCAAUCCUGAUAUGCGCCUCGCAGAACAUCGGCAUGCUCAUCGUGGGUCGCAUCAUCAACGGUCUAGCGGUCGGUAUCGAAUCUGCCCAAGUUCCCGUCUAUAUCAGUGAGCUGGCCCCGCCAUCGAAGCGUGGCCGUCUGGUCGGUGUCCAGCAGUGGGCCAUCACUUGGGGCAUUCUCAUCAUGUUCUACAUCUCGUACGGCUGCUCCUUCAUCGGCGAGCAGAAGGCCUCGGGCUACAAUACCGCCUCUUGGCGUAUUCCAUGGGGUUUACAGAUGAUCCCUGCCGUCUUUCUCUUCGGCGCCAUGUUGCUACUGCCUGAGUCGCCCCGAUGGUUGGCACGGAAGGACCGCUGGGAAGAUUGUCACUGGGUGUUAGCCCUGGUCCAUGCAAAAGGGGACAUGAACCACCCCUUCGUUGGGCUGGAAUUGGACGAUAUCCACAACAUGUGCGAGCUGGAACGCCGCUUCAAGAACGUGACCUACUUGGACCUUUUCACUCCCACAAUGAUCAACCGUACCCUGAUCGGUCUCUUCACUCAAGUCUGGUCCCAGUUGACGGGCAUGAAUGUCAUGAUGUAUUAUAUCACAUAUGUGUUCUCCAUGGCUGGCUACUCGGGGGAUGCAAACUUGCUGGCAUCGUCGAUCCAAUACAUCAUCAAUGUCUUGAUGACACUGCCAGCGCUGGUAUGGAUUGACCGAUGGGGACGACGGCCGACCAUGCUGAUUGGUGCCGUGCUGAUGGCCACCUUUAUGUAUGCCAACGCCGGUAUCAUGGCGGCACAUGGCGAGGUUGUCCCGGGAGGAAUUGAUCAUGUCCCCCAGCAGUCGAUGCGGCUGAGAGGCAGCGCGGCCAAGGGCUUGAUCGCUUGUACUUAUCUGUUUGUGGCCUCCUAUGCUCCAACGUGGGGACCGGCAAGUUGGAUAUACCCUCCGGAGCUUUUCCCUCUUCGUCUUCGUGGCAAAGGAGUGGCGUUGGCGACGUCCGGUAACUGGGCUUUCAACACAGCGCUAGGGUUGUUCACGCCCCCAGCCUUCGCCAAUAUCCACUGGAAGACGUACAUCAUUUUCGGGGUCUUCAACACCGCCAUGUUCAUCCACACCUUCUUCCUGUUUCCCGAGACGGCCGGCAAGACACUGGAAGAAACCGAGGCCAUGUUCGAGGACCCUAAUGGCAUCCAGUACAUAGGCACCACGCCAUGGAAGACGAAGAUCACGACCAAUCGGGUGCAGAGGCUGGAACAAGGCGAUAUGGAAGCAAAGGGAUCACCGACACAGCCACCAGCAACUACGGCAUCGGCCGACGGACCGGACGUUGGAGUUUCGACGGAAGUAAAGGCGGCGUAG